AACAAAAAUAUAGCACCUCCCUCGAGUGUCAACGGAAAAUGUGCUGAAAAGUGUUAAAGAGUGCGAAAAUUUGUGACACGAUUGUCGAUUGAUUUAUUCCUGUGUUUCUAUGAGCGUGUGUGUUUGUGGAAGAAGUGUACCACCAUCAGCUAGCGCCACUUUCAAUUGCCAUGCAUCACUUGGACUUUGGUGCUGUUCGGCAUUCCGAUGGUGUUGGCGGAAGCAGCAGUGUCCAUGGUGGACCCAAUAUGGGAAUCACAUCACCAUACGAUGCUCUUCACGGUGUGGCCACCGGUUCCGCAGAAAUGGUCGUUGACUUCCACCAUCACUACGUGCCGACGGAGUACUGGAACGUGACACCGUACAAAAAUGGCUCCACGCCGAUGAAGGAAAUGGAAGCUACUACUGAUGUUAGGGCAACAAACUGGCAUGCAUGUUUGCAAAACGCCAACAAAGCCCAGUACAACCCUCUAGAGCAGGUCGAGCAGCUCAGUAUCAAUUGUGAUAGUGAUAGUCUUCAUAGUGGUAGUGGUAGUAAUUUAGCGAACAGUAACAACAACAAUAACACCCUAAGUAGCAAUAAGAACUUCAACACCGACAGUGACAACAGUCCCUCGAGCAAAACAAACUCCAGUAUUAGUGGGGGUGGCGACGGUGGUGGUGGUAGCGGAGGCCGAACCAGCCCCAACUGCAAUAGCAAUACAAGCGGUAGCAAAACGCUUUCCAACAGUGGCAAAAAAUCAAACGCUGGCGAUAUAGACAAACCUUAUCACCCAUCGCUUGCCUCCGCCAUGGUGAUGCUCGAGGGGAAGCAUCUGUGGGACAAAUUCCAUGAACAGGGCACGGAGAUGAUAGUUACCAAGGCCGGACGGCGAAUGUUUCCCACCUUUCAGGUAAAGGUGGUCGGACUGGAGCUGACGGCGGAGUAUCUCAUGAUAAUGGACUUUGUUCCACUGGACGAUAAGCGGUAUCGAUAUGCUUUCCACACCUCCAGUUGGGUGGUGGCAGGUAAAGCAGAUCCCAUUUCCCCUCCACGAAUAAGCGUCCAUCCAGACUCGCCGGCAACCGGUGCCACUUGGAUGAAGCAAACAAUCUCCUUCGACAAGCUGAAACUGACCAACAAUCAAUUAGACGAUAACGGACACAUCAUUCUCAACUCAAUGCAUCGGUAUCAGCCGCGCCUUCAUGUCUGCCACUUUUCCCGAAACAGCAGCAACAACAACAACAACAACGCCAACCGGGGACCGGUCAAAACCGAGAAGGACAUGUUGACAUACCGGACGUUCGUAUUUCCGGAGACUUCAUUCACCGCGGUUACGGCCUAUCAAAAUCAACGCGUAACGCAGCUGAAAAUCGUAAGCAACCCAUUUGCUAAAGGAUUCCGUGAUAAUGAAACCAAUGAAGACUCCCAGGAAAGAAUUUCCUCGAUGAAUGAUCGGAUGAAAAAUGAACGUGGACCAAACUUCAAGAAAGACAUUGAAACGGCAAACCCUUCAUCGAUGACACCGACGGCAACGGUGAUGACAGGUCCCUCCAUCUCCCCCAGUUCCGGUGGUAGCAACGGGGGAACGCCGACGACAAAUGGUGGCUCCAGCGGUCUUGGUGGAUCCAGUGCCUUCCAGUCAUCGUUGGUUAGCUCUCCGGCCGCCGGUCUGUCCCCGUACGCCAUAAGUCCUCACAACAAUCCGACCAUGCUAGCCCAACCGUACGGCACGGACGCCAGCGGAUUUGGACCCAUCUACCAUCACCACCACCAUCACCAUCACGGUCACAGUCCACUGUCUACGCAUCACGGGUCGUACGUAAGUUCGUUCGACAAGUACGACAAAUAUAAAAUGGCCCCACCAACACCUCCACAUCACUCGAGUCAUCCGACGGUGGCUGCGGCAUCGCCCUACGCUGGUCACUAUCAGGGAUUCUAUGGUACUCCGAGUGGCGGGCACCAUCAGCUGAUGAGGCAAAACAAUGGCUGCAUAGACUAUGUGCAAAGAUAG